CUUGUCUUUUGCAAAUAUUCUUAAAUCAUAUUAAAAUUAUGUACCUAGGACAAAAGCCAACAGUGAUGAUAAUUAUGAGAUUCAUGACAAAAAAAGGACUACUAAUUCUGUCUUCCACAAUUAAUUCCCAGGCCCAUCGUUAACAAAUCUAGAUCGAAGAAGAAUACAGCCACACAAGGGAUUUCCGGGUUGAGGGUGUCUGAUCGUCAUGUCAAGGUGGUGGUGUCACAGAUGCCGCAGAAGAAUCAGGUGGCUCAGGAACAGCCCUGAUGAAGAACCUGCGUGCCCUUACUGCCAUGGGGGCUUCGUAGAACAAAUGAAUAACAAUCAUCAUUUUGAAGAAAAUGAAGAAGAAGAAGACGAUGAAUCAACGGCCCAGAUGAUGCAAUCCCUUUCCAGAUUCCUGCACCGCAGUUCUUCAUCUUCAUCAUCAACACCCUUUUUCACAGAUCCCUUCUUUUUCCCCCAGGGUCCGAUGGAGGACCACCCAGAUGAGUACUUGUCCCCCUUCUUCAACAAUAAUGGGGGCUUAAGGAGGAGAAGAGUGCUACAUGGGAAUUUGGGGGAUUUCUUUUUGGGGCCUGCGUUGGAACAACUUGUCAGUGAGUUGGCUUUGUCAGACAGGAGGGGUGGUGUAUUUGGUGGUGGUGGGCCGCCUCCUGCAUCUAGGGCCUCUGUGGAAGCCUUGGAGACUGUGAGAAAUAUUGGUAGUGAUACAGGUGGGACACUGUGCUGUGCAGUAUGCAAGGAUGAGUUUGGGGCCGGUGCUGCAGAGGUCAAAAAGAUGCCUUGCCAGCAUAUGUAUCAUUCUGACUGCAUUCUUCCAUGGCUUGCUCAGCAUAAUUCAUGUCCUGUUUGUAGAUACGAGAUGCCAACAGAUGAUCCUGACUAUGACAGGAUGAGGAGCCGAGGCCGUAGUUCUGGUUCUUCUUCAGGUAGAAGAUUCCGUGUCCCUCAUAUUUGGCCCUUUAGAACGUCCAGCAGAACAUCUGUGCAGGCUCAAGCUGAAACAAGUUCAAGUCAGUCUAAUGAUACCAGAGGAAACGGUACAAUUUUCCCUGAGAUAGACGAUGAGGUUGAUAUACACAUGUCAGAGGCAAGGGAGCAACUCUAAGUUGGCAGGUUGUCCUAUCAUGUUAUGCUGGUAUUUUGGAUAUUAUGGGAGUUAUGAACGUUUAAUAGGAUCCUAAAGAAAAAGGAAUGCUAGUCUGAUAAGAUUCUGAACUGAUUAAUUAGUUUUUCUAUUCAGACCAGUUUUCUGGCAAGAAUAAUGUUUUGUACAAUUAAUGUGAAUAAGUUCUAAACUGAGGGAUCUAGGAAUAGUACAUACAUAUGGGGUGCUAGGAAAUAUGUCGUAAAUAAUUUAGCUUUCUACUGCAAACAAGCAACAUGUACUAGACAAUUCUUUCUCUGUUUGAACUUAGCUCUGUAACAAACUUGGUGCUCCUCUAUAUGAAGCAUGAUGUACAUUCUCAAGAUUAAAGUAGGUUGCUAAAAUUAACUGUAUAUAAAGUGAAGUGCAGAUUUGAACAAUGGUGUCAGUCCAUUCUUCCAAAAUUUAUCUAACCCCAUUUGUUGAAGCUA